ACGUGUGUCAGCUUUCUCUUGUUUCUCAUUGCCUGAGGUCCCAGAUCGUAACAGGCAGCUGAGCGCGUUAGCGAAUCCUGAUCUGUCUUCCGUGGGCUGUUAUUUUGAACGACUGCUACAUUCCCUGUUUGUUUCAUUUAGAGUGCCACACAACUUGUUCGCUCAGCAGUUAUAGUUAAAGAGUUAAGUGCGUGUCAAAGCAAUGCAACCUCCUAGCGCCGGGGUGAACGUGAAAUAGCUACGGGACUUGCCGAGAUCGAAUAGGAGGAGCACACUCACAUUGUGCAAAAUCUGCGGAGAACCAAAGGCAGAGCGUUGGCAAAUUCACGCUGCAUAACGUUCAAGUGCUGAGUUUUUUUUUCAUCAAUGAGUUAAAUCACUGCAGAUUUGGCGGAAGGAGGAAACUGUAAAGUGAAUAGAAGACCUUUGUGCUGUGUGAGAAGGGUUCAAUAUUUUAUGUAAGCACAGUGUUAUUCGCUGCGCUGCAUCAAUCUUGGCUUCAUUCACUUGGCUUCAUUUAUCUGGACUGAGUAGCACUCAAGUACCUGUAAUAUGCGAUGUUUUGCUAAUUACUGCCUCUCUAGAUUAAACCGACAGCUCUCUGUGCUGCCCCGCAAGUAUCGUACUAGUGCUCAGCAGCUGCUUUGUUGACGUGAGGUGAGCAUUUUGAUUCGGCACCAUUAACAAAAAAAAUGCAAGUCUCAAUUGCUUGUACCGAUCAUAAUUUGAAGGCACGGAACAAUGACGACAGGCAUAAGCAGAACCCCAGUAGCCCGAAAUUAGGCAACGGGGCCCGUGCAAAAUUCCGGACGGUUGCUAUCAUUGCCCGAAGUCUGGGACACUUCAUACCUCAGCAUCACAUCUCUCUGAAGGAGUCAACAGCAAAACAGACAGGAAUGAAAUAUAGGAACCUGGGAAAAUCAGGACUUCGAGUAUCUUGCUUAGGACUUGGAACCUGGGUGACGUUUGGAGGUCAGAUUUCAGAUGAGGUGGCUGAGCAGCUAAUGACAAUUGCCUAUGAACAUGGAAUUAAUCUGUUUGAUACAGCAGAGGUGUACGCAGCUGGCAAGGCAGAAGUCAUACUUGGAAACAUCAUCAAAAAGAAGGGUUGGAGACGAUCAAGCUUGGUGAUAACAACGAAGCUAUACUGGGGAGGAAAGGCAGAGACUGAAAGAGGCCUUUCUCGAAAACAUAUUAUUGAAGGUUUAAAGGCCUCUCUGCAGAGAAUGCAGCUUGAAUAUGUUGAUGUUGUCUUUGCCAAUCGACCAGACACCAACACCCCAAUGGAAGAGAUUGUCCGGGCAAUGACUUACGUGAUAAACCAAGGAAUGGCCAUGUAUUGGGGAACAUCCCGUUGGAGUGCCAUGGAGAUUAUGGAGGCCUACUCAGUAGCAAGACAGUUCAAUUUGAUCCCUCCAAUCUGUGAGCAAGCAGAAUAUCAUAUUUUCCAGAGGGAGAAAAUUGAGGUCCAACUCCCUGAGCUUUAUCACAAAAUUGGAGUUGGGGCAAUGACCUGGUCUCCCCUUGCCUGUGGAAUCAUCAGUGGGAAGUAUGAUAUUGGAGUACCAGACAGUUCAAGGGCUUCAUUAAAGUGUUAUCAGUGGUUAAAGGACAAAAUUAUCAGUGAAGAAGGAAGAAGACAGCAGGCAAAGCUAAAGGAUCUCAGUCCAAUUGUGGAGCGGCUGAGCUGCACAUUACCCCAGUUAGCAAUAGCUUGGUGCCUGCGCAAUGAGGGUGUAAGUUCAGUUCUCCUGGGGGCCUCCAAUACGGAACAGCUUACUGAAAACCUCGGUGCCAUACAGGUUCUCUCAAAAUUGACAUCACAGAUUGUGAACGAGAUUGACAGCAUACUUGGCAACAAACCACUAAGCAAGAAGGACUACCGAUCCUAACUUAAAGAUGCAUGAUGAUGACUGGGACUGCAUGAUGGAAGUGGCACUCCUUAGUUGCUGGACCACUGUCUGGCUGUGAAUCUAAAGCUGUUUACUGUUGAAUUCCCACAGGUGCAUGCUUAUGCAGCGAGAGGUGUACCCUUAAAACAGAAGCACAUUCUAAAAUCACCCAGAUCAAGGUGGUUCUGCAGUUUUCUAUUCACCCAAAUUGUACACUGAACUAUUUGCUUACAACAAAAAUAAACAUAAACACAUUCAUAGCUUGUGUACUUUUGGAAUCUGAAUUCCAGUACCAAGUUUAAACAAUCAUUCCUCCCAACUGAACCUCAUCCAGUGAAUUAUAGAUCACAGGCAUGAACAUGUAAACGCUUGCAUUAUGCUGGAACUUGCUGAUUUUUUUUAGGACUAGACUCUUAAUGUGUUUACAUAGUGAAUUGAAAUCCAAAGAAGCAUUUAGGAUGUUUUAUUUCAGGUUACAAAAUAUACUGGAAACAAUUACUCCUUUUAACCUGUUCCAGACUAAUCAAGGACAUUUAUAUAAAAAUCACUAAAUACAUAUUAAACCGCAUUUGACUUUCAAAAGGCUAUAUAUAUCAUCAUUUCAACUCUUAUGUAUCAGAUACACCAAACUUAGACAGCAACCAGUUCACAGGGGACACUAAUUUAGGAAAUAAAGUAAGUUUGGUCAAACGAAGGGAAGUUUAAAGUUCCGUUGACACGUUAAGGAAAAACAAUAGAACAACCAGUGAACCAUGUAAGUGAAAGGUAAUCCAUUUUGGAUUCAAGAAAGACAAAUUAGAAUACUUUCUUAUUGGCUAGGGACCAGAUAUUCUGGAGAAAAGUGAAGAGUACAGAUACAUAAAUCAUUAAAAAUCAAUGUACAAGUACACCAAGCAGUCAAAAAGGCUAAUGGAUUGUUGGCAUGUCAUGAGCGUUGUAAUACAUUUCUUCCUCCAUUUUGUAUCAGCUGGCAAACAACAUUGGAUGUACUGCAAACAAUUUUAGGCACUGCACCUCAAAGGAUAUUUGACCUUGAGCAGGGUGUAGUGCAUAUUUACCAAAAUGAUACUAAGCCUCAAAAAGGAUUAAAUUGUGAGGACAAGUUAUGUAAAUGGAUUGCAGUCCUUUUAAUUAAAGAUUGCAGGUGAUUAUGAUGUUUAAAAUGAUAAAAGGAUAUGAUAUGUAGACACAGACAAGCUAUUUCCUUUGGCAGAACCCAGAACAAGGGGACAAAACUGAAAAUUAGAGCUAAGUCAUUGUGGAAUAAAAUCUGGAAGAACCUUUUCAUCAAGAACGGCAGUGGAAAUAUGAAAUUCUUUCCCCAGAAAGGGUGUGGAUACUGGGUCAAUCGAAACUCUAUUUAUUUGGGUAGAUACACUUCGUUGGAAAUGUGUCAAUGUGAGUUUAAGUGAGGUAUAAAUCAACCAUAAUUUGAUUAAAUGGCAAAACAGGCACAAGAGUCUGAAUGAAAUAUAGGAAUUCCACCAUUCUUAUGCUCCUAUGUAUUUUAAAAACAAGCUUAGAUGGUUUUAAAUUAUUUGAGAAACUAUUUAGCAGAAUGUUGGUCAGUUUCUUUUGCAGAAAGAAUUUUUGUUACUGAACAACUACAUGGCAGAAUUAGUAACUAUAAGAAGUAAACCACAGAGUUGCUUUUACUGUAGAAAGGUGAUCAGGCAACGUUUUUCUGUACUUCAUUAUCACAUACUUAACUGAGUAUUAUGCACUUUGACCAGUUACCAGAUUUCAAAUGUAGACCAUAUAUCAUUUGCUCGAUGGUUAAAAAAUUAUAUUGCUGUAUCUGAUUUAAUUAUAAAAAAAU